UCACAUGUGGAAACUUCUCAAGAUCAUUCCAAUUUUCACACACCAGAUCACAGUAAGAAGACCAGAACAGACAUGUCCAAUCUCUCAUUCGAUGAGUACACCAAUGCUGUUAACGCCGUCAAUUCUGUUCAAAACGAUAAAGAAUCUGCCCACACAAACCCACUCUGGUGGGGUGUUCUAGACUUUCGUGAGGAGAAGGUGUCUCCGAGUCCAAGCCUUCCCCGUGCAAAGAAUUUUCUCUCAGCUAAUGAAAUUGAUCGUUUGAUGAAUAUGACACAAAAUGCUAUUCAAGAAGAGAAUGAAAAGAUAAGUAAAUCAGCUAAAUCACUUUUAGAAGCAUUGCUAUCUUCGGGAAUCGUUAGCCUCCAACUUCUCGCAAAGGAAAGUGGUGCAC